CCUGGACACAACUUUGAUACUACACAAUGAACACCGACAUGCUUUACAGUAAAUUCAGGAGGGUUGACCAGCCAAUUGGAGAAAUAAUUGAGCAACCGAAAAAGAGGUGUAAUUGAAUCAAGGGCAAAAACGGAACAGGCAUUCGAGUGACUGAAUUCUACUGUGUAUUUCGUGAAAAGCUUAUUUACACAGGCUUCACUGUGUUUGUUUACAUCGUGGAAUUUGCAAGGUUUCCAAAAAUAUUUUAAUGCACUCAUAAAAAUAUAAAACAAAAGAAAGUAUCUAGUAUACAAAGUUAUAACAUUUCUGCUACUAAAGGGGAUACGUAUUUUAGAAGUUUUCCAGUCGAAAGAUCAGCCACGACCAAACCACGAAUUCGCAAGCGAAAGAAAUAGUUGAGUCAGCAAAAAUUUCAACGUAUAUAAGCAAAGCACAACUAAAAAAUAAAUCGCGCAUAAAUGGAGGACUACAAAUUUCUUUUCAAAAUUGUACUGGUUGGCAAUGCGGGUGUCGGCAAAACAUGUCUAGUGCGGCGUUUCACACAAGGAUUAUUUCCACCCGGUCAAGGAGCAACCAUAGGCGUUGACUUUAUGAUUAAAACCGUAGAAGUGGAAGGUGAAAAAAUCAAGCUUCAAAUAUGGGACACCGCAGGCCAAGAACGUUUUCGAUCAAUUACUCAAAGCUAUUACCGUUCGGCGCAUGCAUUGAUACUAGUUUAUGACAUAAGUUGCCAGCCGACUUUCGAUUGCUUGCCCGAUUGGUUGCGCGAAAUCCAAGAGUAUGCCAAUUCGAAAGUUUUAAAAAUUCUUGUUGGAAAUAAAACUGAUCGCGAUGAUCGUGAAAUACCUACACAAAUUGGUGAAGAAUUUGCAAAGCAGCAUGAUAUGUAUUUUCUUGAGACUUCAGCCAAGGAGGCAGAAAAUGUCGAACGCUUAUUUUAUGAGAUCGCCGCUGAGCUUAUUGACCAGGCGCGAAGUAAGGAUGGCACGAACGCAAAUAAAACAUCUGCGGAUUCUAUUGGUCUUGGUAAUUUUGGCACAAAAGCAACUCAAAACAGUUGCUGCAGUAGUUUUAGUAGCAGUACUAGUCAAUCAACAGGCGAGAACAGCAAUAGUAGAAGUAACACUUAAACAACAGUUGGCGCAUAGAGGUGAAACAAUUAUUAAUUAAUAUUUGACGAAAAAUAAAUAGAUUUUAGUAAUAUA